GAGAGAGAGAGAGAUGGGAUUUUUGCAGACUCUGAAAAGAAGCCUGCCUCUCUCCAUCGCAGUUGCUGGCUGUGCCAUCCCUUUACGCAGAGAGCAUUACGCAUCAGUGGACUAUAGAGCGAGGACCCCCGCACGACUUCGUCCCAUAAGUGUUCAAAGGAACCCGUAGCACCUAUCCCCUCCGCACUGCUUUGGACCUAAGGGCAUCCCGCGUUUUCCCGAGAAGUCUGGACAACUACUACUCUUCCUUCCCCUCUUUUUUUCACCCUUGGAUCUAUAGCUCUCGAAAAGCGCGCGCCUGUACUUUAAGAUGCAAGUCGGACGCAAAUCGUGUUGGAGGCAAUUGCAGGCUUCCCUUUUCAGACUGCUGUGUCUUAUCCCCACAGGAUUCCCCGUCCGGAGUGUGGAUAUGCAGCGGGCCACCGAUAACAUCACCAUCCGUCAGGGCGACACAGCGAUCAUAAGGUGUUAUGUGGACGACAAAGUGUCCAAAGUGGCCUGGCUCAAUCGAUCCAACAUCAUCUUUGCCGGCCAGGACAAGUGGUCCCUGGACCCCAGAGUAGAUCUGGUCACUAAAGGACAGCUGGAGUACAGCCUGCGCAUACAAAAGGUGGAUGUGUAUGACGAGGGGCCGUACACCUGUUCCAUACAGACUAAGCAACAGCCCAAGACCUCACAGGUCUACCUCAUUGUACAAGUUCCAGCCAACAUCUACAAGGUGUCAGAAGACAUCACGGUGAACGAGGGCAGCAACGUGACACUCAGUUGUUUGGCCAGUGGCAGGCCGGACCCUGCAAUCACCUGGCGGCUGCUCAACCCCUCAGCAGAGCCGCUGGACGGAGAGGAGUACCUGGACAUUAUAGGUAUCAUGCGAAACCAAGCGGGUCGGUACGAAUGCAAGGCCAGCAACGACGUCGCCACGCCUGAUGUCAAAUAUGUCAAUGUGCUUGUCAGCUACCCUCCGACAAUGAAGAGAACCCAGAGCUCAGAGACUCCAGUGGGCCGCAUGGGGACACUGCAGUGUGACGCCACGGCCGUGCCCACACCAGAGUUUGAAUGGUACAGGGAUGAGAAAAGGCUGUCCAAUGCCCAGGGCCUCAAUAUCCAGAUUCAUGGCACUACUACCAUUCUCAUGAUUGCCAACGUCACCGAAGAGGAUUAUGGGAACUAUACCUGUGUGGCCUCGAACCGACUGGGCGUCCAGAAUGCCAGUCUUUACCUCUUUAGACCCGGGACAGGCCGAGACAUCAACGGCUCUGCCUGUGUAUCUCAAUCACUGUGGCUCCUGCUGGCCUGCUUCGCCUGCCUUUUCUUCAAGUGUUAAUACCACUGCCCAACUCUUCCUCUUCUCCCCCCUCCUGGCCUCCCUUCUCCUUCUCCUCUUCCUCCUUCUCUCCAACUCACCGACAUCCUUAUUGCUACCUUAUUACCAACUUUACCGCUCCCCCCCCCCGCGCCCCCAGACUGUUUGCAUUAUGAUACGAAAACCUUAUGUGCUCGCGAGCACUGCUUACAGAUAUUAUGGAAAAUGAUGGGUUAUGAGUAAAAUGUGAGAAGAACAACAAAAACGGUGACAUGAAGGACGGAACAAGCAAACAGUGCUCUUGAAUUGCAUUGUUCUUAAUUUGUUUGCACUUGUUUAUUUCUCUUAUAUCUUGUCUUCUGGGAUUUGUUGUAUUUUUGUCUUCAUGGGAAAGCAGAGGCGCCCGCUCACAGGGAUGCCAACAAUCAUAUGUCUCUAGAAGUACUGAAGACACAAAGAUAUAUUUCUUCUUACUCCCAUAGAUGCAUUGUGUUAACUUAAUUGUAGAUGUAUCCGAGUGUUUAACCAGUGCAUUAAUGAACAUCAUGCAAAGUAUCUGCCAAAUAUCCAUAAACUAUAUAGAUUUGAAACUAACACAUACAGAAAUCAAAGGGAAAAUAGCGUAAUGGGACUCAGCGUGAUAGUAAAGCCUGCACAUCAUAAUCUGAUGCUACUAAACUGAAACACAGACAAAGAGUAAGAGCAGGAUAUCUCUCCAAUCAGUGACAUUGUUUCCAGAAGCAGCAGCCAAUCGGGUUGUUGCUGUCGAGCCCAGAAAUCAAGGAUUCAGUAAAUAGAAUCGACUUGAUCCUACUGAGCUGAACCACGCGGUGUACAAAGCUGAGGAAAUUAGUAUAUCUUGGGAUGGAUUCCUACAUCUUCAUUCAGUGGCUUCGCAACUACUCGCCUUUAUCCCAAACGAAUCCCGCUUUUCUUUUGCAGCAGGAAAAGAAACACAGUAGGUUAUAGUGACGCGUACUGUACAUAGUAACAUUUUGUAUUUCUCUAUGAAAAGACAACUUGUUCUGCCACUGUUAACAACAGGACACAAAGAAAAGGUUUUGCAGUGUAGGUUGCUUGUUUGAUGACCGAUCAACCAUACGGUGCAGUCUGUCUCUGCUCCACAGCAGGCUGCAUCCCAUUUAGCUGUACCACAUGGUGUUUUCUUUCAGUUUCUUUUGUUUUAGGAUCAUUCUUCUAUACUGCUGGAAUUUGGAUAAAAAAUGUAUGACACCAAUGAAUGACUUACUUUUUAGUUUUUCUCUCUCAAAGAAGUAUGCGUGUUUUAAUAUGAAAUGAUACAGAAAAAUUCAUAAUAUAUUG